GCCUGCAGUUCAGUCACGACCAACUUCAGUUUAAGCAGCACGGGCAGAGUAGACGCCUGUCUGGAUGGAGGGUACACCAUCCUGUUGAUUUUUAUGAGCACCCGUGGCUCUCGGUGUGAACGGCAUUUUGGGACGUAAUUAGUACUUUAUAUUUUUUUUCAGGGGUCCCGUGGUAGUGUUAUUCCGGCGAUGUUAUUCUGAUACCAUUAUGCUGCAUACACAGUCAGUGUGAUUUGCUAUGGUGAUACUACAAGCUACCCCACGCUAGCAGAGGGAUUGUUUUGGGAGAUACCAUUUUGAGACUGACGCAUGAAUUAGACGCUUUUAGUAAAUUUUCAUCAAGCUGGAACACAAAGGGGAAUGUCUAGCCAAGGAGUUAGGAGAAAUGGCCCAGUAAAGCUGCGGUUGACAGUCCUGUGUGCAAAGAACCUGGCAAAGAAAGACUUCUUCCGGUUGCCAGAUCCUUUUGCUAAAGUGGUGGUGGACGGCUCAGGACAAUGCCACUCAACAGAUACUGUGAGAAAUACGCUGGACCCGAAGUGGAAUCAACAUUAUGAUCUAUAUAUUGGAAAGGCAGACUCGAUCACCAUCAGUGUAUGGAAUCACAAGAAGAUCCACAAAAAGCAGGGCGCAGGUUUCCUCGGCUGUGUCCGCCUCCUGUCCAACGCCAUCAACAGACUGAAAGACACUGGCUAUCAGAGACUGGACCUGAAUAAGCUGGGCCCAAACGACAAUGAUACUGUGAGAGGACAAAUAGUCGUAAGUCUUCAGUCAAGAGAUCGCAUCGGGACAGGAGGGCCGGUGGUGGACUGCAGUCGCUUAUUCGACAAUGACUUACCCGAUGGCUGGGAAGAGAGGAGGACGGCCUCUGGAAGGAUACAGUACCUGAACCACAUCACACGUACCACGCAGUGGGAGAGACCUACCAGGCCAGCGUCGGAGUACUCCAGCCCAUCAGGGCGCCCGCUGAGCUGUGUGGUGGACGAGAACACGCCAGUGAUGACGCCCGUUAAUGGGGCUGAGGCCAGCUGCCCGCAGGGCGUACAGCGAGUCCCAGAGAGACGGGUUCGCUCGCAGCGGCAUCGUAACUACAUGAGUCGAACACACCUGCAUACACCGCCUGAUCUGCCUGAGGGUUAUGAGCAAAGAACAACUCAGCAGGGCCAAGUCUACUUCCUCCACACACAGACUGGAGUCAGCACCUGGCAUGACCCUCGAGUGCCCAGGGACCUUAGCAAUGUGAACUGUGAGGAGCUGGGCCCCCUGCCACCAGGCUGGGAGAUAAGAAACACAGCCACAGGUCGCGUCUACUUUGUCGACCACAACAAUCGAACAACACAGUUCACAGACCCGCGACUUUCUGCUAACCUGCAUCUAGUACUCAACCCAAGUCCAAAUGGUUCCCGUGUGGCCAUGGACAGCCAAAACACUAACCUCAGUCAUCCGCCUCAGUUGAAGGACCAGGGUGGUCCUGGGGUCCCUCAGCAAGCUCUGUCCCCAGCCCAGCUGCCUGAAGAGGCAGAGUGCCUGACGGUGCCCAAAUACAAGCGAGACCUGGUGCAGAAGCUGAAGAUCCUGCGGCAGGAACUUUCCAAUCAACAACCCCAAGCAGGCCACUGCCGAAUCGAGGUCUGUCGUGAGGAGAUAUUUGAGGAGUCGUACCGGCAGGUGAUGAAGAUGCGUCCAAAAGAUCUCUGGAAAAGACUCAUGAUCAAAUUCAGAGGAGAAGAGGGACUGGACUAUGGCGGGGUAGCAAGGGAGUGGUUAUACCUGCUGUCCCACGAGAUGCUGAACCCCUACUAUGGCCUGUUCCAGUACUCCAGAGAUGACAUCUACACUCUUCAGAUUAACCCCGACUCGGCUGUCAACCCGGAGCACCUGUCGUACUUCCACUUUGUGGGUCGUAUCAUGGGCAUGGCGGUGUUCCACGGCCACUACAUCGACGGAGGCUUCACUCUGCCCUUCUACAAACAGCUGCUGGGAAAACCGAUCACGCUGGACGAUAUGGAGUCUGUGGACCCUGACCUCCACAAUAGCCUUGUCUGGAUCCUGGAUAAUGACAUCACUGGCGUCCUGGACCACACUUUCUGUGUCGAGCACAAUGCCUAUGGGGAAAUCAUCCAACAUGAGCUCAAACCCAACGGCAAGAGUGUCCCAGUCUCCGAGGACACCAAGAAGGAGUAUGUCAGGUUGUAUGUGAACUGGCGUUUCCUGCAUGGCAUCGAGGCUCAAUUUCUGGCUCUGCAGAAAGGCUUCAAUGAGGUUAUUCCUCAACACCUGCUCAAAUCCUUUGAUGAGAAAGAAUUGGAGCUGAUAGUGUGUGGCCUGGGAAAGAUCGACAUCGCCGACUGGAAGUCCAACACCCGUCUCAAGCACUGCACCCUCGACAGCAACAUCGUCAAGUGGUUUUGGAAAGCAGUGGAGACGUUUGAUGAGGAGAGGAGGGCCCGGCUGCUACAGUUUGUUACUGGCUCAUCCAGAGUCCCACUGCAAGGCUUCAAGGCUUUACAAGGUGCUGCAGGACCCAGACUCUUCACCAUUCAUCAGAUCGAUGCUAACGCCAACAAUCUGCCCAAAGCCCAUACCUGCUUCAACCGGAUUGACAUUCCGCCCUACGAGAGCUACGACAAACUCUACGACAAGCUGCUGACUGCGAUCGAGGAGACGUGUGGUUUCGCAGUGGAAUGAGAGACACGUUGGAGAGUGUGUUUGUGUGAACAUGUGUAACUGUGUGUGCAGGACUCUGAUAGACUAUUAUUGUCACUGCGACGUACCGACAGCCUCGCUCAGAGUCUGAUACGUGUGUCUUCGACCAGCCUGCAGUCUUCCUCUUCUCUCACAGCUCUCCACAUUCUUCCCUAAUCAAUGUUUGUUUGAACAGCUGCUACAGAGUCUUCCCCUUGUCAUUUAUUUUUAAUUCAUUUGUUUUUGUUUGUUUUUUGGUGUAGAUUGUGUGAAAUACGGAGCGCAAAUUAAAAGCUGCUGCGUUUCUUUCAACAGCUGUGAGUUGUUGUGAGGGAGCAGUUUGUUUUUGACGACUCCUUUUGCAUUCAGAAAAAGAAACUGCACUGCCUGGUAAUCUCACGUUUUAAUUUAAUCAAAUCAAGAAGCAGUUUAUCAAUUUACAGUUUAACAUCUUACAAAAGUGUUUUCAAAAUUCUCCCUAAGCAUUUGAGAGCAGUGACGUUCUGUUUUGUUUUGCAAUUUAACCUGAUUGAAUUGAUUCUUAUUAUGCUACUGAAUCUUUAACACUGCAGAUAGUCAUAUCUUGCCCUUAGUAGCCAUCUUAACCUCAAUCAUUACACCUUCCAAUCCUCAUGGCUGCAGAGUUGGUGUGCUUUUCUUGUUACAGCGCCACAAAUUCAUCCUACCUCAGUGUAAUGCUUUGAUAUUUGAAGGGUUUCAUUUCAAAAUGCUUCAUUCAGAUUAGAAAAUAUUUGAUUUUUAUAGCAAUGUGCCAUAAUUAGUUUGGUUUUCAUACCAGCAGUGAUUUUGCAACUGCAAAACCAUAUCAUUUAAAUUGUGAAUAUAUCAUUUUGAAAUGAAACUGGACUUGGAUGUGGGUCUGAUGUUUGGUGGCGUUUGUGAGUCGAGCUCGUUGUUAGAAGAUGAGGGACAGACUGUGGUGAAGAAGACGGUCUUAUUUCGUUUCCCUUAAUGACUGCAGUGUGGCCGCAGCUCUUCGAAACGUGUGUCUGUAUGUUUCUGCAUGUGUUUACAUUAGUAUGCAAAGAAGGUCGACAGUUUAUAGAUGAGUUCCCCAUACUAGCACAGUAUCCUGUAGUUAAAGCUGCAGAGCUGAUUUAACCUCACUUUCUGAGCACCGUUCAUAUUCCCUUUCUCUCAUUUACACAUUUGUCUCCAGCAGUUAAAAGUAUGCAUGUUUUUUUUGUAUCCAACCCAGAAUAACCCAACACACUUCCUGUCAGAUCAUAUGUGAAAAGGGCACAACUGUCCAUGGGACCAGGCUUGAUAGGAAGCUAUACAAGUCACAUCCUCAGUUUAAAAAGGCAGAAGUAUUUAUUUCUCUCUUUCUCUUGUCACUACAGAGCACUUUACAAACUGAGCAGUGAUGGCAGGAGUGCUUUCUUCACGUUAGAUUAAAAAUAUAUCAUGUUUAAUUUGCUAUGUGACUUCAUUAGAAAUAUACAGAGUAAAAAGUAUCUACACACCUGUAAUAUUUGAGUAUAUAUGUACAAAUACAUAGCUAUUUUGUAUAGGUUGCUUGUUCUUUCUGUUCAAUUUAAAUGCAAGCAUGUUGGUGUCUGUCACAGACCUCUUUGCAUUCUCAGGUGAAGUUGUCCUUUUGUUUUAUUUUUUGUUUAAUUUACAUUUAUUAGGCUAGUUUGUGAGAAGGGGUAAAACUGGUUGUAAUGGAAACCAUA